UCGGUCGCGGGGCAUAGCAGUACGAAAACGCAGCCGAGUCGGCAAAUAAGGCGAGUGGCGGCUGCGGAGCAAGUUCGCGUGGCCAGCGUUUCUGUGACCGCCGGGCAGGCUGACGCUUUGUGGGGAGGACGGGACGCUGCUUUCCCAGCCCCCCUGCCGCUGGGGGCGCGGAACGAGACGAGGGGUCAUGCAGGCGGAAUCGGGCAUUGUGCCGGACUUCGAGGUGGGCGAGGAGUUCCACGAGGAGCCCAAGAUCUACUAUGAGCUGAAAAGUCAGCCGCUGAAAAACAGCAGUUUGGAGCACCCUGGAGCUUCCAAGCCUCCGCUAAGCUCCUCCAAUAUGACAUCACGGAUUUUGCUACGACAGCAGCUCAUGCGUGAGCAAAUGCAGGAACAAGAACGCCGAGAGCAGCGGCAGAAGCAGCAGGCAGCUCAGUUCAUUCAGCAGAGAGGGGCUGUGAGUCAGACACCUGCCAUCAACGUCAGCCUCCCUGCCAGCCUCUCUCCUGCAACUCAGGUGCCAAUGGAAGUCCUGAAGGUAGGCGACUGGGUGGGCUCGGAUUUGAGAAGCUGUUUGGAGCACCCUGGAGCUUCCAAGCCUCCGCUAAGCUCCUCCAAUAUGACAUCACGGAUUUUGCUACGACAGCAGCUCAUGCGUGAGCAAAUGCAGGAACAAGAACGCCGAGAGCAGCGACAGAAGCAGCAGGCAGCUCAGUUCAUUCAGCAGAGAGGGGCUGUGAGUCAGACACCUGCCAUCAACGUCAGCCUCCCUGCCAGCCUCUCUCCUGCAACUCAGGUGCCAAUGGAAGUCCUGAAGCCCCAUGCAAUGAUCCCAUCUCAAAGCCUGACUCUUUCAACUCCAGCUAAUAUUUACUGA